AUGGGUUCUAGCCUGCCUCCUUCUACGCGGCUUGUAAUAAACUUGAACAGCGGAAGAAUUGGCGAAAAAUUCUACCCAGUGCUAACUCUACCGGAUGAGCUCAUCAUCCAGAUUUUCAUGUCAUACAUUCCUCCAUAUCCAGAGCACCCACCUAUCGCUGGUCCGGGCUCACCAACGUGUCUUCUUGGAAUUUGUCGGCUAUGGAGGAGUAUCGCAUUGCAUUCUCCUUCACUUUGGCGCGCGAUCCAUCUAUCGCGUUUGGCUCGGCGCGAAAGCAUUCAAACCGUCGAAACCUGGCUCCAUCGCUCUCGCGACCUGCCGCUUUCCCUCCAUUUUGACUUGAAGACUUCGAUGGGACCCACUUGUGAUGAUCAACUGCUCAAAAUACUCCUACAGCAUCGCUCUCGCUGGGAAUACGUAGAUCUACGAGUAAUCCGCCCUCAAAUCGCCCCUCUUUUUGGAUCGGCACCUUUCCUGAUUCAUCUUUCCUUGCUCUGUUGGGAUAAAUGGUACGACGACGACGACGACACUAAAUUCGGGUCCAUAACAGCCCAAGACACCCCAUCCUUGCGAUCACUCUCCUUGUGGGACGUUGGUCAUGAUGUUGAAUCGCUUCCUUGGGCCCAGCUGACUUGUCUGACGUUAUUUGACAUCGUCUUCUCCCAAUGCGCACCUAUUUUGGCCGCAAGCCCAAAUUUGUGUCGAUGCAAACUCGUUCUUACCAUGGAUCAUCGCCAAGCAGUCCACGUCAACCUUCCGGAAUUAGAGGCAAUGGUGCUCCAAGUGGAUGAUGGCGUCAGAGGUCCAGUCGAGUCUUGUUUGGCGCAUUUUACAUUGCCUGCUUUGCGUAACCUGGAGAUUCAUCCAGGACUGCUCUCUCAGCCGAUUGAACAACUCCAAUCACUCAUUUCCCGUUCUGAAUGCCCUCUACGCCGAGUGCGCAUUCCAGGCAGCUCUGAAGCUUCGCUGCUCCAACCUGCUUUCCCAAAUAUUGAAAUAGACUUCAUCCAGACUGUACGGCUUCGCUAUGAUGACGAGCGAUGGAAGACGGAGGAAUAUUGGAGGAAAACUGCGUGA